UAGAGAGAAAUCCUUUUAAAGAUAUAGGCUUGUCCGGCUAACUAUAUCUUAUUUCUACUUAUCGAGUAUUUUUAUUAUUUAUUUACGUUUUAGUUAAUUAGUUAAUUCGUAAUCAUAUUUCUGUGUAUUUGUUUGUAUGAUAUUCCUUUUACUUCCAUUGUUGCUGUUUACUGAAAUAAAUAUUUUGUAAGUUUGUUGUUCAAAAUCAUAAAUUUUGUACAAGUUUUACCAGAUGCAUAUUAUGUAAUUUAUGCAUUUCGUUUAAGUCAUAAAAACUGUUGCAGUUGCAGCAGACAUUUGUCAGUAGAAUUUGACUAUGGACAUAGGAGAUGGCAGCAAUAUUGAUAACCACCAUGAAGUAUGAAUCAAAAUAUGACUGAAAAAAAAUCUCUAACAAGAAACAAAUUAGAAAUAAUUACAGACAAAAGUAAAGAAAACCUUUAACUCAAGCUGUAAGAUACGAAACAGAAAAACAAUCAACAAGAAACUAUAUGGCUGAGUUUCAAGCAGUCUAACACAUUAAUUGAACAUAUGUGACGAGGCAACAUAUGCGUAUCAUGCUCAUUUGAAACAGUUGUAUCAGUAUUCAUUGAUUGUUAUUGUGUAUCAAAUCAUAUUUUCUUUACAACCUCGACAUACCAUUAAACAUGAAGUAAAGAAAACGUUAGAAAUCAAUGGUAUUAAUUUUGAUAUAGACAAAACAUGAGGUAUAAAUAUGGAAAGUAAGGAAUAUGGUGAUUUUCGUUCGGUACUCUAAAGACACGGCACACAACAGUUAAAGUGGUAAAAGUGUCAUGGAAAAAAAUUCGUGUAGAUCUUUAAGCGACUCCUUCUUUUAUCUUGUCGCAAAAGGCUUGUCCAUGGAAACGAAAUCAAAACUAUAUCACUAAAGAGGUACCAAUGAUGGUGUAAUCUUGCCAAGAAUUUCUUAAACAGGUUAACUAAAGUAAGACCCAAAUGUAUUCUCGACGGUUUUCCAACGGUUUAUACAGCUACAAACAAAGAAGUGGAAGACGAACGUCUACAAAAGCAAAACUGAUAGUGUUGGUACUUGUUUUUCUCGCAACACAUUUAAUCCUUAAAUACUUCUUCCCUAGUGAUGAACGUUUGUAUAUAUACAACGAUGUUGAUGAACUAAAGAUAGAAAAAUCAUUGACAAAUCCUACUUUUGUGAUAAUUGUGAGCUAUAGACGUGCUGGUUCUUUUCUGAUAAGCGGCCUGUUGAGCCAUGCAGACGAAAGCUUUUACAUGCCUGACCCAUUAGAGGUAUUGCUACCAAAGGGAUAUUACAAGGAAAAUCUGGUUUGCUUUGAAAACAGCACGUAUCGAAGACCCAUGUCACUCGUAGAAAGACACGACUUCAUGCUCACGGCAAUUCACAGGCUAUUUACCUGCCAGUUUGCUAAAUUACACCCGCUGUCAAAAGCGGCAUUAGUGAGAAAUACACUUCAUGUUUAUAAGAAAGUGAUCUUUCAGCACUGUAAUGAAACCAGAUCUGCUUCUCUGCCAGAGUGCAUCGAGGAACUGGAAGAACUAUGUAAGUCUAGAACUCAUCGAAUAGUGACUACAACACGUUUAUCAAUGGAAACUGUGAUAGAUAUGAUGGAAUAUUGGCCAAAUUUGAAGGCAAUCCAUAUUGUUAGAGAUCCGCGUGGAAUAGUUCACUCGCGGUUAAAAGUAGAAAGAAAUUUACAACUAGCUUUCAAUGUUGAAAACCAUUCCCAGGAGUUAUGCUCAAGAAUAUAUGAAGAUAUAAAGUUUGACUGGUACAUUCAAAGGAAAUACACAGAAAGGAUCCGUCUGAUGUCAUACGAGGCUUUUGUCGAGACCCCGUAUCCUGGAACGAGUUAUAUGUACGAUUUCCUAAACAUGCUUUACACCGACAAAAUUUGGUACAGGGUAUACCAUGCUACUCACGAGAAAGAAAAUGUUGGUUGGAGCUACAACUCAACAAGAGUUGCGUAUUGCUGGCGAAAUCAUCUAGAAUUUCAAACUGUACAGAUAAUAGAUCAUUCCUGUCAUGACGUAUACAGAAUCUUCGGAUAUGUUGAAAUGCAUUCGGUUGAAGAUAUCCGUUCCCUUAGAGUGCAAUCAAGACGUAAAAUCGACUUUUCCCUUAACGGAUUUUUAUAACAUUGGAAUAAAACGAUUGGUAUAAUUUGUUCAAGACAAAAUUUCACAGUUUUGUUAAAUGGGAACUAGCGGAUCAUGUGGUUUUAGAUAUAGUGCGACAAUUUAUCAUGUACUAUUAUUCAAAUCACAUAUUUCCCUUGCAGAAAUAUCAUCUUUAAUGGUUGGAAAGAAAGUAGAACUGACGAUCACAUUCUAAAAUCGCAUAAUGUGUUACUGCUAGAUUUAUGGCCUUAUCUGUGACU